AUGGUGAGCUCGAAAGGGUCUCGGUUUCUGUCGAAGAAGGCCUCAGAGGUGCACCCUGUGACUGCAGUCCUUCCUAAACCACGCCUCGACUACCGCGCUAUCUCAGAGUCGAUAGUGUACAAGUCCCACAACGCCUUUAAUCGAAAGGCUCCGCUUCCGAUUGGUGCAUUGCAGUCAGUUGCACGUCAUUAUGAUGAACAGAAAGAACUCUCCAGCAAGUUAGGCUUGAAGCGUCACACCCGCUCGAACUUGGGCGAAAAGAUGCGAAAGAUCAAAGAUCCAAUUGAGAAGCAGGCUAAAGUCGCAGAGCUGGAGCAGAAACUUGUGGCAGUGGAAGACGAUUUACUGGGGCUUGCAUUGCAAAUACCGAAUGACACACAUCCUGAGGUACCAAUAGGUCCAGAGGAAGCUGCUGUGGUACUUUCUACUCAUGGACCGGAUCCCAUUGCCGCCAGUGGGGAUCGUGAUCACAUGAAUGUUGGUCGCGCUCUUGGUAUCCUUGACUUUGAAGCGGGAGCAACCGUUACGGGUUCAUCUUGGUAUUACUUGCUGGGAGAAGCGGCACUCUUGGAGAUGGCUCUAACCAACUACGCCCUCUCAAUUGCUCUUAAACACGGAUUUCGAUUCGUCACGACGCCGGACGUUGUUCGGGCAGACAUUGCUUUACGAUGCGGAUUCCAGCCAAGAGAUCAAAAUGCCGAUCCACCCGUUUCGCAAAUGUAUCAUAUCACUUCUUCGAAUCCAUCUCAUCCCGAGCUCGUACUUUCUGGUACCGCAGAAAUACCGCUCGGCGGUAUGUUCGCGAACCAAAUAUAUACGGAACAAGCUCUGCCUUUGAAAGUGGUCGGUCUUGGCCGCUCGUUCAGAGCUGAGGCAGGUGCUCGCGGCGCAGACACUCGCGGACUGUACCGAGUCCACCAGUUCUCGAAGCUCGAGCUUUUUGUUGUUUGUGGUGAAGAUGCCAGUGAACAAGCGAUGAAAGAACUUCGUAUCGUGCAAAGCGAAAUUUUUGCAGGCUUGAAAUUUCCAUUUCGGGUUUUGGAUAUGCCUACUGAGGAAUUGGGCGCCAGCGCAUAUCGCAAAUAUGAUAUGGAAGCAUGGAUGCCAGGUCGCGGGAGUUGGGGAGAAAUCUCCUCUACGUCUAAUUGCACUGAUUACCAGUCUCGUCGCCUCCAUAUCCGCUACCGCCGGUCGUCAGGUACCCUACCAUCAUCCUCAUCCGCUUCAGCUCAAUCAGCACCUGCAAUACCAUUCGCCCACACUUUGAACGGCACCGCGGCUGCCAUCCCCCGUCUGAUCAUUGCUCUGAUUGAGAAUGGUGCAAGGUUCGACGAAGAAGGCAAGCCGGUAGGUAUUGAUCUGCCCAGCGCUUUGGAGCCCUUCUGGCACGGCACCUCUUCGAUUAUACGGUGGAAUUAG